ACAGGGGGUUUUCCGCCUUCCUCGAUUUCUCUCUCCUCUUCUUUCUUCACUCAAACUGAUUAGGGCAUCGCAAUUUGCUCCCUUUCCCUCUCAUUUCUUCUGCUGCAACUAUUUUUCUGCUAGAUAUUGGUAAACAUAUUUGACGACAAUGAUGCUAUCUGGCGAUAUACCUCCUAAUCAAUCCAUUUACGUUAAAAAUCUCAAUGAGAAGGUUAAGAAAGAAGAAUUGAAGAGGUCGCUUUACUGCUUAUUCUCUCAGUUUGGGAGGAUACUGGAUGUCGUGGCUUUGAAGACGUCUAAACUUCGAGGUCAAGCUUGGAUUUGCUUUAGUGAAAUUACUGCGGCGAGUAAUGCUGUUCGGCAAAUGCAGAACUUCCCUUUCUAUGAUAAGCCUAUUCGGAUACAAUACGCAAAAGCCAAGUCAGAUUGUAUAGCGAAAGCAGAGGGGACUUUUGUUCCUAAGGAAAAGAAGAAGAAACAACAGGAGAAGGGUGAAAGGAAGCGACAUGCAGAAGACCAAACUGCUGGCGCUGCUAAUGGUCCUGCCGCUCAAACCAAUGGUGGCCCAUCUGCUUCACACUGCAAGACUGGUGCACAGGAAGCAAUAGCUCCAAACAAUAUCUUGUUUGUACAGAACUUGCCCCAUGAAACAACAAGUAUAAUGCUGCAAAUGCUCUUCCAGCAGUACCCGGGUUUCAGGGAAGUGCGGAUGAUUGAAGCGAAGCCAGGGAUUGCUUUUGUGGAGUUCGACGACGAGGACGAAUCUGCAAUAGCAAUGCAAGCUCUUCAAGGUUUCAAAGUUACACCACAGAACCCCAUGGAAAUCACCUAUGCUAAGAAAUGAUUCCAUUCCCCUCAAAAAAAAAGAAAAAAAAAUUGAUUCCAUUGUGAACCUCUUAUGGGAAAUGCCUGAAUGUCAAUGGCAGCUAUAGACUGUAAUUCUACUGUAGGUGAGCAAAAGAGAUAAAUUUUGUUCAGAGGUGUCCUACAUUAAGUCGAAUGUACAUCAGAUGAUAUCAGUGACAAACAUGUUACAAUUUGUCCAA